AUGCAGGACUACGGUGAAUUCGUUCCCGAGGAGCUUAAGCGUUCCUCUGACGAGCCCCUUUACACCAUCGGCCACAAACUCGACUUGUUUGCGUACGAACUCGAAUACGACCCGGGUAUCGAGGCUGUUAUGAAGCGCACCCACGUCCUCAUCGAGAGUUACUCGUACCUUAUGAAUGUUCAGAUACGCUACAAUGUCACGAAGGAUACGUAUCUCAUUCCAUCACAGGUGUACCCGGGCCACGUCUCCUGGUUCCUGCCGAAGAACACAGCUUACACUGCCAAGAUCUCGCGCUUCCUGACGAGACUCAAGGAGGUGGGGCUCCUGCAGAAGCUCUUCAAGAAUCACUUCCAGUCCGUCGCGUCCUUCGAAGCAGAACAGAGAACGGGGCCGCAGGCACUGAGCAUCGGCCAGCUUCAAGGAGCCUUCCUCCUGCUGGCUCUCGGCGUGGUGACCUCUUUCGUUAUCCUUUUAAUCGAGGUCAUCCUUGGGUCACGCUUUCACUAGGGAAUGGGACAAGAGGUCCGG